CUCUGGCCAUCAAAUAAAAGCCGCCAGAUGAUUGUUUCGGUGAAGGGCCUCCGUUCGGACUGGCGUCCCGUGGUUGGUGGGCGCCGCUGCCCUUUUAGGGGUUCGUCUUGUUCCUUUCUCAGCAGUGGUUCGGUUAGUGACUGUCGGACCCAGCAUUUCACGCCCCUUGGUUCGCCGCUGCCCUCCUUAGCGGGAACCCAAAUCCCCUGAAGGGGGGGGCCACUCAUCACCGCCAACGAGGUGUCGCUCUCGGAGGAAUGGCGAUGAUCCUCAUCAUCCACCGCUAGUAGUAUGACGAUGAUCCAAUGGCCGAUGAUGUAGAGGCAUGAUGCUGCUGAGGUUGGAUGGCCCUCUUACAAAGUGAUUUUUGGUUCCCCUUCCCUCCUACCCCUUCCCUUCUUCUGGUUCUUCUUUUUGUUGUUGUUCUUAUUGUUGCCACGGAUCAAUCAACACUCGCCAACAUUAACAGGACGGCUCGUCUUUUCCACUUUCCCACCCCCCUCCCCUGGCACAAAAGUCACCGAAUUUUGCAUGUCUCCAUAGCGAAGCGAAUCUUUCAUUUUCUCCAUUCCUCCUUAGCUCCUCCUAGCAAUUGCCGAGGCGGCGGCGGAUCAUUAAGCCACAAAAAGGGCAUAAGAGUGUAUCAGUACGUCAAAUGGGGCGAUAAUAGUCAGUCAGUCGGACCUAGUCAAAACGUUCUCAUCAAGUCUUCAGGGGAGGUCAUGCAACGUCGAUCGAGCCAUCGGAUUCGUGGCUUUGCCUCCAUCGCCGCAAGACGGGGUCAGGAUCAAUAUCGGAAUGCUUCGCUCGACCUUUCUCUCAUCGUGCCUCCCGCUACCCUGACUAGUGCCACUGAUAAUGCACCUAGACGGUACUACAACCGGAGGUAUCUCCCCCCUCAGUUACAACCAAAAGUCUUGUAAUUGCCACCACUAGUGUUUUUUGCCUGCCGUAGAAGAGAUCACAAAAAAGCACAUCUAUCGUCUGCCUGCAGCAAUAGGAAAAACGAU